UGGAGUGACUCCUGACCACAGACCUGGUCCGGCGGUUAUAUUCACGGAAAACAAGGCAACAGGCGCCGUUCCUGCAGUGACAUGAGGGCAGCAUGGGGGCCAAAGAGUCACGGAUAGGCUUCCUUUCUUACGACGAGGCCGUCAGAAGAGUUACUGAUGUGGAGCUCAAGCGACUGAAAGAUGCCUUCAAGAGGACCAGCGGCCUGUCGGCCUACAUGACCCAGCAGUGCUUCUACAGAGAGGUGCUGGGAGAUGGGGUUCCUGCCAAGGUCGCGGAGGUGAUCUACAGCUCAUUUGGAGGCACGCCGAAAGGGCUCCACUUCAACAACCUCAUCGUUGGCCUGGUACUACUGACAAGAGGAAGAGAUGAAGAAAAAGCCAAAUACAUCUUCGGCCUGUUUGCCGGUGACUCAGGCAGCUGCGUGGUGCGGGAGGAGGCGGAGAGCAUGCUCCGUGCCAUGGACGGAGAGGUGCCGCCCUCGUUGAGGAAGUGCUUCGCGGAGGGCGAGAAGGUGAAUUACGAGAAGUUCAAGAGCUGGCUGCUGCAGAACAAGGAGGCCUUCACCUUCUCUCGCUGGCUGCUGUCAGGAGGCGUGUGCGUCACGCUGACGGACGACAGCGACACACCCACCUUCUACCAGACCCUGGCCGGAGUCACACACUUAGAAGAAUCUGACAUCAUUGACCUGGAGAAGCGCUACUGGCUGCUGAAAGCCCAGUCGAGGACCGGCCGCUUUGACUUGGAGACCUUCGUCCCUUUGGUCUCUCCCCCUAUUAAUGCCUCCCUGAGUGAAGGCUUGUUUCAUGCUUUCGAUGAGAAUCGGGACAAUCACAUUGACUUCAAGGAGAUCUCAUGCGGGCUCUCAGCAUGUUGUCGGGGGCCUGUAGCUGAGAGGCAGAAAUUUUGCUUUAAGGUGUUUGAUGUGGAUCGCGAUGGGGUUUUGUCUCGUGACGAGGUGCACAAGAUGGUGGUGGCCCUGCUGGAGGUGUGGACGGACAACCGCACCGUCAUCCUGCCCCAGGAACUGCCAUCCAGUGUUUCUGACAUCGUCGAAGACAUCUUGAAGACGCACGACACUACACAACAAGGGCAUUUAACGCUGGAAGACUACCAGAUAUGGAGCGUGAAGAGUGCCCUCGCCACAGAGUUCCUCAACCUGCUCUUUCAGGUGUGCCACAUAGUCCUGGGCUUGCGGCCGGCUACGCCCGCAGAGGAGGGCGUGAUCAUCAGAGGAUGGUUGGAGAGGGAAAGCAGGCAUGGACUGCAGCCAGGACAGAGCUGGUUCCUCAUCUCCAUGCAGUGGUGGCAGCUAUGGAAGGAUUACGUGAAAUAUGACAAUAAGGCCAUCGUGGUGGAGCAGCCCGGUAUACAAGGCAGUGGUGGUAGGAGCCCCCAGUCCAGCACCGCUGCCGAACCCAGUGACCCCAGCGACCUCACCGUGGCGAGGGUUGGCACAGUGGCGCGCUCCUACAGCUCCCCCGGAGACAAGCACCCGGAUGGCAGCUGGGAGGUCUCCGGCUGCACCCCCAAUGGUCACAUGACGCAUGGUAGCUCCUCCGCCACAGACAUCUGUUUCGCUCGGCAGCACAGUGCAUUGGAAAACAACCACCAGUGCUUCCCUUCCGCCAACGGGCACCUGCUCAACCAGCUGCCCGCACAGAGGCCUGGCGCCAUCGACAACCAGCCCUUGGUUACCACGGAGCCCAUGAAGGCACCCACGUUAACCAUGGAGGGCGGCCGCCUGAAGCAAUGCCCGCACCCGAUGGCCAGCCGCGACUUUGAGACUGUACCAGAGCCAAUGUGGCGGGCCCUCUACCACUGGUACGGGGCCAACCUCAGCCUGCCCAGACCGGUGAUCCAGUGUGUCGGUUCGGAACGGGCCGAGCUGGAGCUCUUCCCACGCUACCUGCUUUUCCUGCGGCAGCAGCCAGCCUCGCGGCCCCCCCAGUCCAACAUCUGGGUUAACAUGGGUAUGACCAGCCUACGAAUGUUCCCUCCACACCUUCCCCGAGGAAACGUGCCCUCUCCGAACGCCCCUCUGAAGCGCGUGCUGGCUUACACAGGCUGCUUUAGCCGCACGAGCACCAUUAAAGACAUCCAUGAUUACCUGUCGCAGCGGUUACGCAUCAAAGGAGAGGACAUGCGUCUCUGGCUCUACAACAGCGAGAAUUACCUCACCCUUCUCGAUGAUGAGGAUCACACUUUAGAAAGUUUGAAAAUUGAAGAUGAACAGCACUUGGUGAUCGAGGUUCGAAACAAAGAUAUGAGCUGGCCCGAGGAGAUGUCAUUUAUCGCGAACAGCAGCAAAAUCGACAGACACAAAGUCCCUACAGAGAGAGGUGCCACGGGUCUGAGUAACCUAGGCAACACGUGCUUUAUGAACUCCAGCAUCCAGUGUGUGAGCAAUACCAAGCCAUUGACUGACUACUUCAUCUCAGGAAGACACCUCUAUGAGCUCAACAGGACCAAUCCCAUAGGAAUGCGAGGUCAUAUGGCCAAAUGCUAUGGCGAUUUGGUCCAGGAACUGUGGAGUGGAACACAGAAGAACAUUGCGCCUCUGAAGCUCAGGUGGACCAUAGCGAAGUACGCACCGAGGUUCAACGGCUUCCAGCAGCAGGACUCCCAGGAGCUGCUGGCUUUCCUGCUAGACGGCCUCCACGAGGACCUGAACCGCGUGCACGAGAAGCCCUACGUGGAGCUGAAGGACAGCGACGGGCGGCCAGACGCGGAGGUGGCCACCGAGGCCUGGGACAACCACUUGAGGAGGAACCGCUCUAUCGUGGUGGACCUGUUCCAUGGUCAACUCAAGUCCCAGGUCAAGUGUAAGACGUGUGGCCACAUCAGCGCCCGCUUUGACCCUUUCAACUUCCUGUCCCUGCCCCUGCCCAUGGACAGCUCCAUGCACUUGGAGAUCACAGUGAUUAAACUGGAUGGUUCCACGCCGGCCCGCUAUGGCCUUCGCCUGAACAUGGACGAAAAGUACACAGGCCUGAAGAAGCAGCUUAGCGAGCUGUGCUGUCUGAAGCCUGAUCAGAUCCUCCUAGCUGAGGUCCACUCAUCCAACAUUAAGAACUUUCCUCAAGACAACCAAAAGGUGCGGCUGAGCGUGAACGGCUUCCUGUGUGCGUUUGAGAUCCCCGUACCUGGUUCUCCAGCUUUCAUCACCUCCCUGACGCCAACAGACACAGGCCCGAUGGCCAACGGCACUGUCGGCAGUGGCCAUGCUGAGAAGCCUGGCCUCAUUCCGAAUGGCAUGGCAGGCAUGGCUGGCACUCCUGUGCGCGCUAGCGCUGAGCGGAGUCUGGCCAACGGCUUGCCCAGCACGGCGGUGCCAUCUGGCUCGGACAGGAGCCUCGCCAACGGUAUCCCCAAUGGCCACACCACACCAGUGCAGGACAGCCCCUUCACUGGCUACAUCAUUGCCAUGCACAGGAAAAUGAUGCGGACGGAGCUGUACUUCCUGUCAUCGCAGAAGAACAGGCCCAGUCUCUUUGGCAUGCCUCUCAUCGUGCCUUGCACGGUGCGCACCAGCAAGAAGGACCUGUAUGACGCUGUGUGGGUCCAGGUGUCCCGCCUGGCAAGCCCCCUGCCUCCACAGGAAGCCAGCAACCACGCACAGGACUGUGAUGACAGCAUGGGUUACCAGUAUCCCUUCACCCUGCGGGUGGUGCAGAAGGAUGGCAACUCCUGUGCCUGGUGCCCCUGGUACAGGUUCUGUAGAGGCUGCCCAGUGGAGUGUAACGAGGACAGAGCGUCCCUGGGCAAUGCCUACAUUGCGGUUGACUGGGACCCCACCGCCCUACACCUCCGCUACCAGACCUCUCAGGAGCGGAUCGUGGAGGAGCACCCCAGCGUGGAGCUGAGUCGCCGAGCCCAGGCUGAGCCCAUCAGCCUAGACAGCUGUCUGAAGGCCUUCACCACGGAAGAGGAGCUGGGCGAGGAUGAGCUCUACUACUGCUCCAAGUGCCAGACCCACUGCCUGGCCACCAAGAAGCUGGACCUCUGGAGGCUCCCGCCCAUCCUGAUCGUUCACCUGAAGCGCUUCCAGUUUGUAAACGGCCGGUGGAUCAAGUCGCAGAAGAUCGUGAAGUUCCCGCAGGGAGGCUUCAAUCCUAGUGCCUUCCUGGCACCACGCGAUGCCACCCAGAGCACAUGCGGCAUGCAGAGCCAGCAGAGCGAGGGUGUGGCAGAGGAGCUGCCCGCGCUAGACAGAGCCGACUCCUCCUCGUCUUCCGUGUCCAGCCGAGGCCCGUCCUGUUCCAUACAGAGGAUGAGCGGCACCCUUGGCCGGAGCAGCGUUCCCGCCAGUCCCGGUAGCAGCCCAAAGGGGGCAGGACGCAAGCAGAGCCGACUCCGCCUGCCCCAGCUGGGUGGCAGGCACCGCCUCUCCAACAGCAAGGAGAACCUGGAUGGCAGCGGCAGCAAGGAGGGCGGCCCGGAGCUCGAGGUGGAAGCCCCAGUCUCCGCAGACCCAGGCACGCAAGACUCCUGGUCAGGGGACACGUUGAGCGGCGACUGUGAUGUGGUGGUGAACGGGCUGGGUCAGGAGGGCAGCCAGACCAGCGGGCACUCCGAGGACAACAUGGAGCCGGACAGCACCUCUCAGCACAGAUGUGAUGUCUGCCUGGAGCCCAUAUACAACUUAUAUGCAAUCUCAUGCCAUUCAGGAAUACUGGGAGGGGGCCACUAUGUGACCUAUGCCAAAAACCCCAAUGACAAGUGGUACUGUUACAACGACAGCAGCUGCAAGGAAGUUCACUCGGAAGAGAUAGAAACGGACUCCGCCUACAUCCUCUUCUAUGAGCAGCAAGGCGUGGACUACUCCCAGUUCCUGCCCAAGACUGAUGGCAAAAAGAUGGCAGACACUACUAGUAUGGAUGAGGACUUCGAGUCGGACUACAAGAAGUACUGCGUGCUUCAGUGAAGUCAUGCUCUUCCACAUUAA